GAGUUUUCACCGGUCUCUCUUUCAGUCGUAACGUCGUAACGUCGUAACUCGUAACUCACGGAACGAAUGCGUUUAUCUGGCGACGGUGUUGGACGAGCAGGAACGAAGAGCUCUUGAAAUUGAAACGCUCCGGCGUGUAGCUGAACCGCGGUCAAACUUCCGCGAGUCGUGAAUAGGCGAAACGCGCACUGUUACACGGUAUAAGCGUAUUGGUAAAUUUGUCCAAGGUUUUGAAAAAACCUUUUGUAAAAGAUUUGAUAUGGAUCGCUAUAGAUUUCGAGAGACCAAUGAUUCUUCUUGUAAUCCUCUAAUAGUUUCAUAAUGGAUAUCGUAAACGUAAACGUAAACGUAAACGUGUCGGUAAUCCGUGUCCUAUUCAGUCCAGUCCAUUGAGUUUUGCAGACCCAAAGCAGUUUCAGAGACUUACGGUGAGAACGUAAUCGAGCGACUUGUAGCUUUUUCGUUCGACUCUCCCUGCCGACGGUAAACACUUUACCGUGCAAUCGGCGAUGUAAUGAGCCCAGCGCGUUGCAAAAUAUGUAGACAAUCACGGCAAAGAGGUCUUAGAUUUAUGUUUUCCGUGAGGCAACGUUUACCGUGGCGAGAUCGGAGCGAAAACGGGACAACGAAGACGCCGCCAACUAAGAACGAAAGCGUGACGAAACCCCCGUGCUUUAUUAAAAUUAUUGCCUCUCCGCGAUCUUUUAAUAGAGGAAAAUAAUGGGCUGUCGGAUUCUUCGAGUCAUUUUCAAUAAUACGUCGCGAGUCUUUUCUUUUUCUUUUUCUUUUUAUUUCUCUACAAGAGAGAAUUACGAUAUCGUGGCCAGCUCUACAUAGAUAGGUCUACAUAGAUAGGUCUACAUCUCCAGUCGAUUGAUUUUCCUAUUUUUCAAGUUGUACUCUGUACUCUGUAAUUCGCGCAAGCCAUAGCGAUCCGCUUCAAGAUGUACAAGGUUAAACCACGGCAUCUGUUAUCGUUACCUUGUAACAUAUAUCUUUUUAUGAUGAUAUGUUCAGUCAGCAGCGACAAGUUACUCGUUAGACGAGUGCUAAUCUAUAUCGCCUCGAGUAGGUAACUAACAUACAUGUAUCGUUAAUGAGAAAGCGUAGUUGAACGUGUCUGCUGAUCCGCGAAUUUUCGAUCCAACUAUUGGCUUCCUCGAUGGGACAUUUUCCAAACACUAAAGAAUAAGAGUGGGCGCAGACACGAGAAACAAGCGUGAGCGAAAGAAAUUAAGAGUUUCAGGGUGUCGCGUUACGUGGGACCAGCACAGGUGCGGCGACGCUUCGAGGUUGACCAGUGUAUCGAAUUCCACAAAAAUUCUUAACGACGCCUCUCUUUGAGCGUUCCUCUGGCCAUUCUCCUCCUCUCGGUCUCGCACGAGCUUGGAUUGCUCUCUCACUCUCUCAAUGGUUUGCUGUGCCUUCUAGAUCGGCAAAAAAUUUCGAGAUAUACCGGCUUGGUAACGAAUGCUUGUCACCCGCGACACCGCGCACUGGCCAAGUAUCGAGAUUCGAUUAUGAAACUUGGAUUCGUCGCCACCUCCGUUCUCUUCCAUUGUCUAGGAUCUAUUGCAGCAUACACGGGUUGCGAGUACCAAUCUUCCUAGUAUUAAUCCUUCGAAGCAAUUGAUAACCAACCGUAUUUCCAUUCGCGAUUUUAUUGUGUGAAAUCUAGUUGCAUCGUCGACAAGAUUCGAUCUCUUGGUACGAUCUUUCAAUUUAUUUUUUUACAAAAGUGGAAUUGUUCGCGUAACGCGUAGUUUCGGAAGAUCUCUAGAUCGUCGAUCGAGAAAAAUCCAUCGCAAGGCUGCUUCCACGUUACUUUCCGAAUCGACCACGCCCGACAGGACACAUAAAUCCGUGAUGGCGGUCUCGGCCAGCAUUCCAUUAGAGCAGUUACCUUCGAUCUGGAGCAUAUAGCACCGCUGAAAAAUCGACCACGGGCACGAAAGAAAAAAAUAAAAGCAGCGAUCUCGGACCUUGAGCGGCGGCCAACGACCAAGGUAUCAACUUGGGGACAUCCACAGUGUCAAAGUCGCGGAAAUACUCGUGGUUCGACGUUGGCUCUGAACAUGUUCGCGAUCGUGCUACACGAACAGAGGAAACGACAACGACGAUGAAGCGAAACGGAAAAAAUAGCGUAGAACGUUACCACGGGACGAGCAAAAUUCGAGAGUACCACCGUUGUGCAACGAUGAAACCGGAAUGCCGACAGUUGGGAUCCCAUGGCCCCGAGUGGACGCCGAAAUUCUUCCGUCGAGGAAAGCUGGGAGCAAUCUCGAGAACUCGUUCCUCUCUACGAUAAAUAUGUUUUUGUUCGAUUGCAACGGCCGAUGAUCGACUCUACAAAACAGAGGAUAGAAUUCAACGAUUCAGACGAGACAUCGGACGACGCGAUGCCUGGUUAUUCGAUGCAUCGUUCCUGCUGGUCUUUCGACGUUGCGUCGAUCGAGGAGACGUCGACGCCGACGCCGACACCGACGUCAACCGUGGAUACGACGGCGGUAUCGGGUAGCCCGCUUUCCUGGCACAUCCCAAGGCCGUCCUUGGUCGGACGGAGCGAGAGAGACAGCGAAAAUGAUAGCUGGGCUCGUCAUCUGCACCCGAACUCUCCUUCGCGAGGAUCCACGUCGUCGCAAGGCUCCACCGCCAGUACACACAGUGCCGCGUCGGGCACGUUGUUAUUAACAGCCGCGAAUCUCGCCAAUCUCGCGGCUAUUCAUCCGCCCACGGUAACGACACCGAAACAAAUGGACACCGCCUCGGUGGCGAGUAGCACCCACUUCACCGUUGUCAACGGUCUAGGCAGACCCACAACCGUCUACAGGAAGUCCUGUUGCGCGAGGAAUCAGCUCACCGUGCUCGUCUGUACGAUGAGCUUCCUAUUCAUGGUCGGCCUGCUUCUCGGGAUCCUUUACAUGGAAAUGAGAAUUCGUGACAAGUAUCAUUAAGGCUGAAGAAAAGAAAAUCGGUGUUAGCAGUCGGAUAACCGUGGACGAUUAAAUCGCCCCUAAACGUUUACAGCCCGUUGAUGAACGCGAGACAGAAGAUCUACGAUCGUACGAACAACCAAGCGAGACCGAAGCGAUCAAACGGAAAACUUCCGACUGUAUAUUUUCAAACAUUUUUAUAGCAUUAAACAAACUCAAAGAUCGGACGUUCUCGAAUAGAGAUAAGAUAAAGAUUCAAAGGCUGUAUCGCACCGUGUUCGAUGUGUGGUACGAGAAAACUGGGUAAUUACAUUUAUGUAACAAAGUUAGUUUUAGUAAACGCGGAACGACAUAGAGCUCGACGCUCACUCGGGUAUUCCACGCGAGGACCGUCGAAUCCUCCAAUUUCAACGAGUAUCGUAACAUUUUUCGUUCCGUUCCGUUCCGUUCUGUUUUUCUUUUCCUUUCUUAUAAAGCGAGACGACGCAGACCGAUACGAUCGCUAAUAUCUUUCUUCCAUUCGUGGCGAUUGCUCGAGUUCUCGACCGAUCACGGAAUCGAGAGUGUCUAGUGGAUGGCAUCGUCAACCGAUAAAAAGGACCAACGAUACGAUUAUUACGAUACAUUUAUAUUUGAAAAUAGCGACAUUGUCGUACAACGAAAUUUCGAAAGUAACGCUAAUACUUGUUCAACCAAUGUUGAAGGGCAAUUGGAAACAAUCGACGAAACAGGAGUAAACUAAGCGGAUAUUACUUUAGGGUUCGUUAUUUAAUUGUUACUAACAAAACGCCUGAAUCAAACCUAGAUACCUUCGUGGUGUCGUUUCAGGAUAUAGACGGAAAAGCAAUGAAGAGCGAUCGUGUAAAUCGCUUUUCGCAACUGUGAUAUUACUUGCGUAUUAAAUAAUCGUCGAUUCAACAAGAAACUGUCAGACUAUGAAC